AUGAAGUUCCUCGGAGACUACAAGAUCGCGACGGUGACCUUUCUGAUCAUCGCUCUUAGCGUCUACGUCGCGAUCUACUGCCGCAUCGACAUCAACAGUUGCACCGCCGGAUUACGCCGUCUCUUUGUUGACUUGACAGAGAACCGCACGGCGACCAGAACUUCCCGGAGACCUUUCUUCCCCGGUGAGGAGAUACCGGGCUUGUACAUGUCAAUCGCCGAAGAUCCAGAUGAUCGGUCAUUCUCUCUCCAGUACGAUUACUACAGAGAAUCUUGCCCUUCCGCCGAGAGAAUCAUCCGAAGAGCUGUCAGAGAGCUCCACAAUGUGAGACCCAGCGUUUCUCCGACUCUCAUUCGCCUUCUCUUUCACGAUUGCUUCAUCGAGGGAUGUGACGCGUCGAUACUUCUGGACCCGGAUGAAAGUCUUGAUUCUGAGAAAGAUUCACCUCCAAACCAGUCCCUGAAAGGUUUUGAUGUGAUCGACACGAUCAAGGAAGUGUUAGAGAACGUGUGUCCUGGAAUUGUUUCCUGUGCCGAUAUUCUAGUCUUGGCUGCUAGAGAAGCUGUCCUCGUGGCGGGUGGGCCGUUUUAUCCCUUGUACACUGGCAGGAAAGAUAGUCUCGUGGCCUUCGGGGAAAUGGCGACAUAUGAAAUUCCUUCACCGCAUGCUGGUCUCUCCGAUACUCUGGCAAAUUUCGCAUCUCGGGGAUUCGAUGAGAGAGAAACCAUCAGUCUCUUAGGAGCACACAGCAUAGGCAUUACUCACUGCCAGUUCUUCGAGAACCGUCUCUACAACUUCUCUGGAACCGGAAAACCUGACCCUUCACUCGAUCCAGUGCUUCUCCAAGAACUGAAAACCAAAUGCCAGCCAGGAAACUCGUCAUCAGCUCCAUCGCCAUCAUCAUCACAUUGGGCCGCUUCAGCACCUUCCUUCCCAGCGUCGGAUUAUUCCAUGAACCCCCCAGGGUUAAGGUCCAAAGACACGACAGAUCAGACAGUUGAUAUGACAUUUGGGGAAGACAGUACAAGUGGCAGCUUCGGAACCCGCUACUUCAGAAGGCUGCUGAGGAACAAGGGGCUGCUCUUUGCUGAUCAGCAGCUGAUGGCGAGGGAAGAUACAGCGAUAUGGGUGAAGGCUUACGCUUCAUCGCCGUUCUUGUUCCACCGAGAUUUCGCACUCUCCAUGAUGAAACUCUCCAACCUCCAUGUAUUGACCGGUCCUUUGGGUCAAGUCAGGAGGAACUGCUCAAAGGUUUCAGCACCUGAUGAUGAUUCAUAGAUUACGGCGAGCUUAUCGAUUGAUUUUUGAAGUUCACAUCCACUUUUCGAACAAGGGCUUUUAACGAUUUGUUUUUCUUGGAACUGUGUUUAGUUCCCAACCUUGGGGCAUAAGCAACU